UGGUUGGAUGGGAUCAUGUCUGCAUUCAGGUGCUUCGCAGAGCCAGGAGAAGCCCAGCCCCCAGAGGCGGAGUCUUUCCCUGAAGCCGCCGCCCACUCCACGCCAAAACAGGGAGGGGAGGGGGGGCCGCCCCAAAGCCGAGCUCAGAGCUCAUUGGCCGAGGACUCGAGCAGUCACCUGUCAUCGAACGGCCGCAUCGCUCGCUCUCCUGCCAGAGCGGCGCUGAGCUUCAGGACCAUGCAGACCAGGGUGACGCUGCUGGACGGGGCGCUGUUCACCUGCAUCGUGGAGAAACGAGCGCGGGGUCUGCAGCUCCUUGAGAAGGUCUGUGAACACCUGAACCUGCUGGAGAAGGACUACUUCGCUCUGUCCUUCAGAGACGCCGACAACAACAAGAACUGGUUAGAUCCCGCAAAGGAGAUCAAGAAGCAGGUCAGAGGUGUUCCCUGGAACUUCUCCUUUAAUGUAAAGUUUUACCCUCCGAACCCGGCCCAGUUGUCUGAGGACCUAACCAGGUACUUCCUGUGUUUGCAGCUCAGACAGGAUAUCGUUUCUGGACGUCUUCCUUGUUCUUUUGCAACCCACACCAUCCUUGGUUCCUACACAGUUCAGUCGGAGCUCGGGGACUUUGAUCCUGAUGAAUGCAGUCCAGACUAUGUCAGUGAGUUGUGUUUUGCUCCAAACCAAACCAAAGAGAUGGAGGCAAAGAUCAUGGAGCUGCACAGGACCCUCAGAGGGAUGAGUCCAGCUGAAGCAGAGAUGCACUUCUUGGAAAAUGUAAAGACGCUGUCCAUGUACGGAGUGGACCUGCAUCAUGCAAAGAUGGCAGGAAGCCGCUUUGACUGCUUAUCUGCUAAGUCAGAGGACUCUGAGGGCGUGGCCAUCAUGCUGGGCGUGUGCAGCAGCGGCCUCCUGGUUUACAGAGACAGACUGAGAAUCAACAGGUUCUCGUGGCCAAAGAUCCUGAAGAUUUCAUACAAACGGAACAACUUCUACAUCAAAAUCCGACCUGGAGAGUUUGAGCAGUUUGAGUCCAUCAUUGGUUUUAAGCUGCUGAACCACCGAGCGGCCAAGAGGCUGUGGAAGGUCUGCGUGGAGCAUCACUCCUUCUUCAGGCUCUUGUCCCCCGAAGAACCGCCCAAGAAGUUUUUGUCUCUGGGUUCAAAGUUCCGCUACAGCGGCCGGACCCAGAUUCAGAGCCGCAGAGCCAGCGCCCAGAUCUCCAGACCCGCUCCCAACUUCCCACGAUGCAUCAGCAAGAGGAGCAUGCUGAGCCGCAGCCUGGAUGGAGAUAUGGGGUCAGGACUGUACGGCGCGUCUAAAGCCAUCGCUGUCAGUGACCUCAUCACCACAGUAACGCCUGAGAGGAGGAUGGAGGACAGGAGGGAGGAGCCAGUUGAGGAGGUUCUGCUGCUGCUGGUGGAGGAGGAGGCGACAGAGGAGCCGAAGGAGGAGGAGACCAAAGCUGCACAAGUUUCUCCAGAAAGUCCUCCGACUCCUCAGAAACAGGACACCAAGACCGAGCUGACAGACACCGCUGUUGAUGGAGACCUGACGGUGACUGAGUCGGAUCAGGAUGAAGACCUGAAAACUCAGGAGACGUUGGGGAGUCCUGAGGAGAACCUUCAGACCACCAUCAGCGCUCUGAGACGCUCCUUCCUGGAGGGAGACCAAGGAGGAGGAGGAAUGACGGAGUGGGAGAAACGGAUGGCCUCGUCUCCUCUGCGCCGAGCCGACGAGGCGCCCAUGAUCGAACCUCUGGAGCCGGAGGAGGAGGAGGAAGAGGAGGAGGAGGAGGAGGGGGGUGGGCUUAUGACAAACCAAGCUGCUGCACAGCCAAUCAGAGACGAGCACUACACAGUGGGGCGGAGUUAUGACACAACCACUGGCAGAGUCCGCUCCUUGUUGGACGAAGAUGAUGUCACCAUGCCAACGGCAGGCAUUAGGUCCGCCCACUUUGACAGAACCCUCCCAGUGUCUGCCACUGAUGAUGUCAUCACAGUAGGACCGCUGGUCACCAUCCGUGAGGUGAAGACUCCAACUUCACCGCUGGAGCCGCCGGCAGCUGUCUGUGAUGUCAUCUAUGCGUCUGAAAGCAGCAGGGAUGGGGGAGGAGUCUUCAUGAUGUCAUCGCCGGGCGGGUCAAGCCCCGCCCCCAGGGCAUCCCCGUCCACGGCCAGAGUGCCCAAACCGUCCUUCGAUGGGAUGUCUCCUGAGCUGAAGGCUCUGCUGAAGUCAGCCAGAGAACAAGAGACCUUCAGAGAACACAACCUGCUUAAGACUUCUGAGCAAGUGGAGACGGUCUUCGUCCUUCCAGAGUCCAGGGAGCAGGACCAAGCAGUGGCAGAGCUCUAUAAGGAGGUUCCGGUGAUGAGGAAGACUCUGACUUACGAAGCUCCGGGGAGUCAGGCGGACUCUGAGCCCCCCAUGGGUGUCCUGCUGAGCUCCCAGACCUUCACUGCAGAGACCUCCAACACCACCACCACCACACACAUCACCAAGACGGUGAAGGGAGGCGUCUCAGAAACCAGAGUGGAGAAAAGAAUCGUCAUUUCUGGGGAGACCGAAGAAGACCAUGAACAGGCCCUGGCGGCUGCUCUCAGCGAGGCUCGGAGGCAGCAUCCUGAGCUGUCUGUUACCAGAGUCGUUGUCCACAAAGAAACCGAGGUCUCUGCUGAUCACAUGAUCAAUUAAUGAUGUCACAGGACUGAAUGGUGAAGCCUCUGCUGCAUUAUGGGAGAUUGAGUCCACAGGCCAGAGCCAACAAACACCCUGCGGAUGCUAACGAGGACUCUGACCCUGACUGGAGUGGAGGACUCACACUACAUGAAUGCAUGCCCACUUCCACAGUAUGCCGUAGUAGAAGACGGACAGGAGGUCUGCGUUACAUCACAUGACCGCUGUCAAGUAUUUAAUCUAAGCAGCAGCUCCGCCCCACCUAAACCCCCACGCCCACCUUACCUCUGACCGCUUCAGGAAGCUGAUUGGCUGACUGACUCAGGUGUGCCCCUGACUGUGACGGUUGGACUAACCUGCCACAUCUGCUGAGAAGCUUUUAUUGUGAAACUCUGCUUCUUGCCUCCAUCCAUGGCCUGCACAGCUCAGCCCAGUAUUUACCCAUGAUGCAACAGGAUGUGCCAUAGACCCCAGACGAAGGGAUCUCCAGGUCCCGGCGUUGACGUCUCAGCAGGAAGAGGUUUAACUCCGUCUACUGCUGCGACAUUAAACGCUGGAUUGAACUUUGCUUCAGAGAAAUAAAAGCCCAACUCAGAACAGGAAGCUGUUGAGAUGGACUCUUAUUUUGAAAUUCUGCAGGAAGUCUUCAGCAGUUAGUAACACCUUCAUGUAGAACCAGUUUAACCUGUUAUGUUGUUGAUUCAGCUCCUUGUCACACGUUUCUCACCACAUCUGAGCCUCCAGAACGAAACCUGAUGGUUUCAGAACCAACUGGACUCUGGAUCCGUCCUCAGCAGGUUCAGAGUCUUACUGCGGUAACUUCAGCUCAGCAUCAGCUGUUUACACUUCACCUGGCUGUCACCACGGUAACUGAUGCUGGUUAUCACCUGGCUCUGUCACCACGGUAACUGAUGCUGGUUAUCACCUGGCUCUGUCACCACGGUAACCGGUUGUAGUCUUUCAUGAGGUUGAAGGUGAGAUUGAACAAUGGAAGAUCCGUUAAAUCGUUGUGAGCAGAUCUCAGCUGCUCCAUAAUCACAUGAUCACUUAGAACCACAAACCAACACAUAGCUGAGCUCACUAAGCUCACUGUGUGUAAUCAGUCAUCAGUCAAUGGUCGAUGGCACAGCAAACCAACCAGAAGCCUUUUUUGUAACAAGUCUGGAUGGUGGAGACUGGCCUGGGUGGCGCCCCCUGCUGGCCUGAAUGCUUUUACCUCUUCAGAUCCUAAGGCUCAGACUGAUGGAUCACAGGAGGCGUCUGCAGACUCUGAAUGUUACAGUAAUUUGGUGCCGUGGUGAACACAUCCGUUCCCAUCCUCCUUUGAGCCUCUUCAGUCUGAUUGGUCCUUUUCCUCCAGCUCCCUGUUUUACCUGAGCAUGCACAGGUAGAGUCACCACAUCACCACCAGCUUCAUUAACAUGUUGUGUUAGUUCAGCCCAAAGAAACCCGAUAUGCUGAACCUGCUCGGUGGAACAGGAUGCUGGGAAACCCUCAGAAGACCCCGGCACUCACCUGGAGCUGGAGAAAAGCUUUGAGUCAAUCUGAAAAACGGGUUUUAUUUGAAGGUUCUGGUUUUGUUCUCAUGGUCACUUAAGCUCAUUUCUGGAUUUGUAACCUCAGACAGGCUCAACCAGCACGCCCCCUGGUGUCCAGUUUUAUUUUUUCACCUCUGUCUCAUUACCAUCUGAACUUUAUUAAAACUAAGAAACAAA